AUGAAAUUCGCUAAAGAGUUAGAGCAAACAUUAGCAGACGAUGAGAUACCUGAAGAAUGGGUAGAGGCAGCCAUUCAAUAUAAAGCUUUGAAGAAAUGUAUAGGAAGAGUUGUCAAGGAAUUGAAUUAUGUUGGUUUGGAAAGGAAUACUUUGAAGUUACUCCUUGAAAACAUCGAAAUCAAUGAAAAAGAUACCACUGCAUCAAAUCCUAUUGUUGCAAAAUAUGUAUUAAAAAAAUCCAAAAUCCACAAUGAAAUUGUUCCUAGUUUGAAGAUUGUGGUAGAUUAUAAUGAAGAAUUGACCGAUGAUUAUAUCAAUGAAAGUAUCACCAUGUUGAAGAAGAAAUUAGAAAAUAUUGUUGUUGGUACUACCAGUGAUAGUGAAAAUAAUGAAGAAUUCCUUUCGAUUGAUCAACAAUUAAACUCAACUCAUUUGGGUGAUCAUGACGAUGCGUCUACCAUAAAAUCAUUUGAAAGUGAUAAGACCGACAAAUCAAAAGAUCGUGCUGAAAGAGAAACUGCUUUAUCUCCUAGAACUACAAUUGAGCAAAUACCUGGAUUUCCCAAAAAAUACACUAUCACCAUUAAAUUAAGAUCUGAUGCAAAAUUUUUCCAUAUGUUGAAUGAAGAAUUAUUGGUCCUUGAUCAAUUAAGAAAUAAGGAGGAAGAAAGAUUAAUCAAAGAUAUUCAAAUUGUGAGUAAUACCAUGAAUGAGUUAUCUACCAAAGAAAGUCUCAAAAAAGGUGAUAUGUAUAAAUGGAGGGAAUUAUUCCGAAUGUUUAUUGACAGUGAGAUAUAUUUCAAGACAAACAACACUGAAGUGAAAACAUUUCAAAAUUCUAGUGACAGUGUGGAGAAAAGACUUGAACAAUUUAAAGAGAAUGUCAAUAAAACUAAGAUUUUAACAACUUUCAAGAAUAAAAAGUCUUUAAAUACGUUCCAAGAAUUUCUUUAUAUAAAUGAGAGAUUAUUAAGAGUUUUGAAAUUCCAGUCCAUUAACUCCAAAGCUUUGACCAAAAUCUUGAAGAAAUUUGAUAAACAAACUUCAUUAAAUGUUAAAAUGAAAGUUCCAAACUUAAUCACUCCUGACCAUAUUUUCAUGAAUGGUUCAUCUAUCUCCAAGACUAUCUGCUCCAUUAUUCAAACCAACAUCUUAACUGUCAUCCCACAAUUGGACGAUUACCUUUGUCCUAUUUGUGCUGAUAUUGCAUAUAAGCCCAUUAGAUUGAGUUGUAAUCAUGUAUUCUGUGUUAGAUGUAUGGUAAAGCAUAUGCAAGCCAAUCAUGAUGAAUGUCCUUUGUGUAAAAAAAGUAAAGCUGUUGAGGAAGCCGAUUCCUCUAACAUUGAUGUUGAUUUGGCUUUAAAAAUGGUGAAGUUCUUCCCUAAAGAGACUAAAGCCAAGUUAAAAGAGAGACAAAAGGAACGUUAUAACGAAUUCGCCAACACCGAUUCCAAAUGUAUAAUAACGUAA